CGACCCUCAGGGGGAGAGAGAGAGAGAGAGCGAAGACCAGAGCUAUGGCAUUGGCGGAGGACGAAGAAGACGAGAGCUUCGGGGACUUCCAUUCCGCAUCGUUCCCUAAUCCCACCGUCCAUUCCUUUUCAACCCAAAUCAACCUCCGAAAAUCAUCCUCUACUUCAUCAUCCUCCCCCGUUGCGUGGGGUGAGUUCAGCACCACCCCCAAAUGGGCCAAAUCCAAGCUCCCCGGCUGUCCUGCCCACACUCUUUCCCCUCGGACCAACAAUCCCAAUGAAAAAGAACCCCGUGAACCGGGUUGGGUCAAUCCAGGGGAGGCCCGCUGGGUGAAGCCAACGGGAGCUCUGCCUUUGUCGAUAUUCGGGGAAUUUGAAGAGGAAGAGGAGGAGAAAGGGGGAUCUGCGGCAGACGCUACAGUUCCCUAUGUCGCGACCGUUUUAUCUAACCACAAAAAGACUGAUUCUGGGAGAAAAGGAUCGGAUUUGAAUCGUAAUAAUUUGAUUGCAAAUCUAUUUAAUCAGAAUCAGCAAAUCAAGACCCAUAACGGGCCGAGUUUGAAUUCAAAUGUAUCAGAGCUGAGUACAAAUGGGUCAAAUUUUAAUCUAAACUGGUUGUAUUUGAAUCCGAAUGGGUUGGGUUCGGAUUUAGUGGAAGGGAAUGAUCGCUUUGAUGACGAUGAUGAGUAUGGCGAGUGGGAAUUCAAAGCUGCGAAGGCGGAAUCUCGUAUCGGAAAUGGAGAUUCUAUAGUAAAGGAAGUGGGGGUUUUUGAAUCAUCAGGACUGAAAGUGGAACCAAUAGCGUGGAUUGACCGAGGAAUCCAGUUUGAAGGGAAAGUACUGGAAAAUACUGAUGGCGCCAGACUUACAUUUGCGUUUGGAAAUGGCAUCCGUGGUCCUGGUGAUUUGCUUGUGGAGUCAAAGGGGACUUCUCCCAGUAGUGGUGAAUCAGAUCUUGGUUCUGAUUUCAACUCGAGCCAUAUGUCUAAACAAGAUGGUUUUGUCUCGGGUUUCUUCUCCAAAAGCAUGGACAAUGUUAAUGCAAAAGUUGAACUUCAACAGAAUUUUUGGGAACUUGAGGAUGCAUUCUUGGAAACUGGAUCAAAGUAUAAGUUGGAGGAGCCAAAGGUUACCAACACAUCUCUUGAUGGUGGAGAAGCGCAAACCUUUGAUGGUAACGGUGUCGUCUGUCGUGAUGAUUUAUUUGCUGUAUCAGAUGGGAUCUCUCCAAGUUCUAGAAAAUUGGCCUCUGGAUUUAAUUUCAACCAGUGUUUUAAGAAUGGUAGCAUCUCAGGGUCAUUCUUUACAAGCAACCAGAAUGCUUUUGUAUCCUCUCUGGGUGAUGAGAAUGUCGGUGGCAUAAAUAACUUCUGGGAAUUUAAGGAUGCAUGUACAGAAUCUGGAUUGAAACAUAAAUCGGAAGAGCCAAAGGCUGCUGAUAUUUCUCCUGCUGGUGUAGAAGCACUUACCUCCAAUGUCAAUUGGGCAAACAAUUCUAAACAUCCUUUGGUAGCAUCUGAUGGGAUAUCUCACCAAUCUGCAGGAUGGGAGGUUGAAUUUAAUUUCAAUCCAGCUUCAACUCAAGAAGAUAUGAUCUCUUGGUCUUACUCUAAAAGUAAACAGAAUGGAUUUAAUUCCUCUCUAAUUGAUGAGAAUGAUGAAUCUGACGAGAACUUUGGGGAGUUCAAGGAUGCAUUUUCAGAAACUGGAUCAAAGCAUGAGAGGAAUGAGAUAGGGUCUAAGAAUCACAGGGAACCCUUGCCCAUGUCUAUUUUCAGUGAUGGAAAUCUGGAUUUGGAUGAGUUCUCAAUCCUCCAAGAUAUUUCUUCUGUUACACCCAUUUCCAACCCAAGAGAUGCCAUUAAAAGUCCCAGUUCUAACAUGUCUAUCAAUGAUAUCAUAUCAACUUUAUACAGUCAAGCUGAGCAGAGUGCUUCUUUUAAUCAUACAUCACCAGCAAGUGACUACGGGAUGCAUUCCAACACAAUGGUGUUUGAAUCGGAUUUAGUGAAUGGUGAUGAUGAUUUUGAUAAUGGUUCCUGGGAUUUUAAAGCUGCUGGUUCAGAAACCAGAGCUGAAGAUAGAACUUCUGAUAUUGAUCUCGGAGAUUCACAGAAAACACUUUCUACUGCUUUAGAGCUUAAUGAUUGUGAGGAUCUUUAUAGCAAAUUAAAGGAGGGUUUAGUGAACAGUGAUGAUGAUUUUGAUGAUGGUUCCUGGGAUUUUAAAGCUGCUGGUUCAGAAACCAGAGCUGACGAUCGAACUUCUGAUAUUGAUCUCGGAGAUUUACAGAAAACACUUUCUACUGCAUUAGACAUGAAUCAUUGCAUUGAUUUUUAUAGCAAAUUAAAGGAUGAACUGUGCUCAAUUGCACUGUAUCAUCUCGACAAUCUGAAGAAAGCUCAAAGUACUGCUGUUCUUUCUGGUGAAGAGGCCAAAGCAAAAUCUCUUGAUGAGGAUGUUCAGAAAUUGUACAAUGAACUGCACAAAGAUAAUCUGAUAUCUACUAAAGAAGUCCGUUCAGAGAAUCUAUCAGCAAGAGAGAUUCACUUGAAUGAAUUUCUUGAAGUAUUGCUGGAAACCAAGUUCCAAGUGCUUGAGUCAGAAUUUCAGAUAUCAAGAAGAUUGCCAUUGGCAGAAAAGGAUGCGAUAUCAGCUAUUGAGCUCCUAAAAGAUGUGGCAUCAACACUAGCAAUUCUGAAAUUGGGAUCAGUGGAGGAGCAAGAAUAUUAUGUUUCUACAUGGUCUAGUAUACUUUCUGUUUGUGCUCAAGAGCUGAAACAUGGAGUCUCAAUUUGGAAGCAGUCAUUGCAAAAGAAUGUACAAAGUCAAAUACUAUCUGAACCCGAAGGGAAGCGGUAUAUCCUUGCCCUUGGAGAAAUUUACAGAGUGAUUGAAGUUAUCGGAGCCUCAACCAAGCUUUAUAAACCAUGGAUAUUUCUAAAUUCUGGAGCUACUGGCUUGUAUAGUCUUCUAAGCGAGUGUUAUAGCAUAUGGUCAGGUUCAGGACUUGAAGAUGCUCUCAAGAGUAUUCGUGAUGAUAUUGGUGUUGAGUAUGAUGAAACUGUAAAGGCACUACAGGAAUCUAUAAAGUAUAUUCAUGAUAUUGAUGCAGUUACACUUCAAAAUCAUAUUUUCUCCGAUCAACCUAUAUGUCGGUUAUCAGCCUUAACUGCAAGCGCUGUGCCAGGCUUGAAACUGGUGGUUUGGAAUGGGGAGCACUACUUUGUCAAGCUUGCAAACUUGUGGGCAAAUCUAAUAUGUCCAGAUCCUCCUAAGCUGGCUCAAAUACAUGGUAGCUGAUGAGAAGGAACUGUACCAAAACAAGUUUGGAUGCUUUUUGGUAGCUCUUUUGCUGGGAUCAAAAUCUGAAUUGUUUCCUCUGGAGUGGGGCUUUUAAAGCACUGACUGCAGCUGCUUAACCACAAUGAUAGCACGAGAGAACUCAAAAAACAGAGUUUAAUUAUCAAGAUGCAGGUGAAGGAAAACAGAUUUUGUAUUCAAGAUCCAGGUGGGCUUUUUGAUCAGGAGAAGUAUACAGUUCAUUCUCUUUCUUUUUCUUUAUUGAUUACCAUUCUUUUUGGUUAGCAAUUGUAAGUGUAAUUAUUGUAUUAUUUUCUUGUUUAGUCUGUGCAAUUUUCAGAAAAUGGGGGAGAGGAAAAAAACAACUCCCAUAAACAUAGAUAAAAUAGAGCUGUGAAACAUUGAGGACAAUCAAUCAUUGAUUUCUUCCUCCACCUGUUUUCACAAGCAUUGAGAAGGAAUAAUGAGAAUGUUGAAUAAUA